UUAUUUUUUAGUUCGUUCAUUUUCUGGUUGAAAUUUCUGAUUUGGGUGUGGGGCACGUGGACGCUAUACGGAGAAGUUGAGAGUAGUUUUGCCGGGAAUAGCCGAACGGUCUACAAUUCUUCAUGGGUAAGCCAGGAUUUGUGCCACCUUUUAGAGGACGAGGGAGAGUAGGAAGAGGAGACCGUGGAGGCGGUAGAGGUGGUUUCGCCGGCAGAGGUGGAGGCCGUGGGGGCGGCAGAGGCGGUGGAAGAGGUGCUCCGCGUGGGGGACGAGGUGGCGGUGGCGGCGGCGGUGGUCGUGGUGCAUUUAAAGGAGGGCGCGGAAGUCUCAAGGGAGGAAAGACUGUGUUAAUAGAACCGCAUCGUCACCAGGGUGUUUUCAUAGCCAGAGGGAAAGAGGACGUGUUAGUGACGCUGAAUUAUGCACCCGGAUCAGAUGUUUACGGCGAGAAGAGAAUCACCAUCGAGGAUACGAAGGGUGAGAAGAUUGAGUAUAGAGUGUGGAACCCGUUCAGAUCAAAAUUGGCUGCUGCUAUUCUCGGCGGUAUCGAUAAGAUCCAUAUGGAUCCAGGAAGCAAAGUACUGUAUCUAGGCGCUGCCUCUGGAACUUCCGUGUCCCACGUUGCUGACAUAGUCGGUUCGGAGGGGAUGGUCUACGCAGUGGAGUUUUCUCACAGAUCAGGCAGAGAUCUGAUAAACGUCGCCAAAAAGAGGACCAAUAUCAUUCCUAUCGUCGAGGACGCGCGACAUCCUCAAAAAUACAGAAUGCUCGUAGGGAUGGUGGACACUAUAUUUUCAGAUGUGGCGCAACCGGAUCAGGCUAGAAUAGUCGCGCUCAACGCACAGUACUUCCUCAAGAGUGGCGGGCACUUUGUUAUUUCCAUCAAGGCGAGUUGCAUAGACUCGACCGCACCACCCGAGGCAGUGUUCACACAGGAAGUGCAAAAGCUUGCUGCCGACAAACUGAAGCCGCAGGAGCAGAUCACGCUCGAACCGUACGAGAGGGAUCACGCUGUCGUGAUCGGCGUUUACAGGCCGACACCGGGUGAUAAGAAGGCUACCUAGGAUAAUGUAUAUUUAUAGUUAAGUGUACAUGUGUAAUUUCACAUAAAUUCUACUUUUACAUGUGUAAUUUCACAUAAAUUCUACUUUUAUUGAACAUCGAUCAUAUACGUUGAUCGGUGUAUAAAAUUUCGAAAAUACAAAGGGGAAUAGACGCUAAUCAUACUUGAUAAACAUAUUUGUUCGCAUUCAAAUCUCUCAGUUGUUGCCAACCCGAAAUACGCUUUGUUCGCUUCUGUAAACCGGAAAUAGGAUCGUAGGAACGUUCUAUUCUGGUAUUAAAAGCCCGAAACAGUUUGUAAUAUAAUGUCAAUGUGAAAACGCGCGCAUAUGUACAUGUAUUGUGGAAUCGGAUAUUUUGUAACAUGAGAGCACAAUUAAUUCCACUGAUACUGUACCUACCUGCCCGUAUUUGAAAAACUCGCACAUUAACGAAGAUAAUCGCAAGUAUGAUAAGGUGUUGUUUGAUUUAUAUUUUCAUACAAAUAUAUGGGGAAAAAGAAUUGGGAGGACAUGCGUUAUACGCGUUGAACGGCGUAUAACGCAUAUCCUGAUAUUGAUCAUCUUGAUAUCCAUGAGCAUAACGAUGAGAAUUUUAAUAAAUACUGGCAUUAAGGCUA